AGGAAUAAGAGUGGAAAAUGGUGGAAGAAUUGAAAUGGUUGAAUUUAUCGGAUGAUAAAGUGAUUGAAACACAAAAAAAUGGACCACUUACGGAAAAGUUAUCAAAAAUUGUUGCUCUUGCUAAAGAUGAAUUGAAGAUUGCUGGACAAGAUGAUGUAGCUACAAAGCAACAGGGCACAUUGCUAUACCACGUGGGGACACGUCUGAAAUCUCAGUGCCAGCAGCAUACUCCACUGGUGGUGCGUCAUGUUAUGAAUGGAAAUAUUCGAACGGAACCACAACUUGUUGCAGCUAUCGAGUAUUUGCUUAGUAAUGCUGUUAAAGGGAUAGAUGAAAAGGAAUUUCUGGAUGCAUCCGGUGUGGGUAUUGUUAUCACAGCAGAUCAAAUUCAAAAUCAGGUUAAAGAAUCAGUCGAAAAAUUCAAACCAGAAAUUCUGAAACAGCGAUACAGCUUCAAUAUUGGAAAAAUACUUGGUGAUGUCAAAUCAAAGCUGAAAUGGGCAGACGGUUCAGCUGUGAAACGCGAAGUGGAUCUUUGUAUAAUGCUACUGUUGGGUCCGAAGACAGUCGAUGACCUUUAUCCUAAAAAAGAAAAAGCAUCUAAAAAUAAAUCAGAACAGAAUGCUCUAAGCGUUUCGGACCCCAUUAUGUCAAAAAAUGCUGAAGCGAAUAAUGCACAGAAAGAAGAAGAAACUGUGGAUACCAUCGAAGAAUUAAUGCGAAAAAAAACGAUUUUUCACAAAGUCGGCGAAAAUUACAAAACAGGUGGUUAUGUCAUUACGCCAAAUACUAUGGAACUUUUGAAGAAACAUAUAGAGGCUGUGAAGGGAAAAGUUGUCACUCGUUUCCCACCAGAACCAAAUGGUAUAUUGCAUAUUGGACAUGCAAAAGCAAUAAAUAUCAAUUUCGGUUAUGCAAAGGCUCAUGAUGGAAUUUGUUAUCUUCGAUUUGAUGACACAAAUCCCGAAAAAGAAGAGGAAAAAUUUACCAAAAGUAUCAUCGAGAUGGUGGAAUGGUUAGGCUAUAAACCAUAUAAAAUCACGUAUUCAUCAGAUUAUUUUGACCAGCUAUAUGAAUGGGCAGUUGUGCUGAUUAAGAAAGGCGUAGCAUAUGUUUGUCACCAAGCUGUUGAUGAAAUGCGUGGUUUUGAAGUAACCAUUUCACCUUGGCGUAAUCGCCCAGUGGAAGAAUCUUUGCAACUUUUUGAAGACAUGCGGCGCGGUAAAUUCAAUGAAGGAGAAGCAACACUACGACUGAAAAUUAUUUUGGAAGAAGGUAAAGUGGAUCCGGUAGCUUACAGAAUCAAGUACUGUCCUCAUCACCGCACUGGAAAUAAAUGGUGUGUUUAUCCAACAUACGAUUUUACACAUUGUUUGUGCGAUUCAUUAGAAAAUAUAACGCAUUCGUUAUGUACCAAAGAAUUCCAAUCAAGACGUAGCAGUUAUUAUUGGCUUUGCAAUAACUUGGAUAUUUAUUGCCCAGUACAGUGGGAAUAUGGUCGUUUAAAUAUGAAUUACUCUGUUGUUUCCAAACGAAAAAUCAAGGCAUUAAUCGACAAUAAAAUUGUGAGUGAUUGGGACGAUCCAAGAUUGUUUACAUUGACAGCACUCCGGCGGCGGGGUAUUCCUCCAGAAGCCAUCAAUAAUUUUAUCAUGGGACUGGGCCUUACCACAGCACAAACCUUUAUUGAUCCACAAUUGCUGGAUGCUACCGCACGUGAUUAUUUGAACAAAAGUGCGCCAAGAACGAUGGCUGUAUUGGAUCCACUCAAAGUAACUAUUGAAAAUUACGAUGAAUUGUCGCUACCGUGCAGUUUAUCGGUCCCAGAUUUUCCAAAUGAUCCAGAUCGCAGUAAACAACAGCAUACGAUUGCUGUGGAUCGUGUUAUUUUCAUCGAUCGAUCAGAUUAUCGUGAGGGUGAAACGGAUAAGGAUUUCCUUCGACUAGCGAAGAACAAAUUAGUUGGUUUGAAAUAUCUCGGAGUCAUUAUAUCGCUUACCAGUGAAUUAAAGAAUGACAGAGGUGAGGUGAUAGAGUUGAUGGUGAAAGCAGUAAAAAUCACUGCCGAGAAUAGACCAAAAGCAUAUUUACAUUGGGUAGCAAAUCCAACUUAUUGCCAAGUUCGAAUAUACGAACGACUAUUUCGACAUAAAAAUCCAGAGGAUGGAAAUGAAGUUCCCGGCGGAUUUAUAUCAGAUUGCAAUGAGAAUUCAUUGCAAAUUUUGGAACCAGUAUAUAUCGAUAAAUCCAUUUCAAAUUGGAAAGUCUAUGAUCGGUAUCAGUUUGAAAGGGUUGGAUUCUUUUCCGUGGAUCCAGACAGUACGCCUUAUACGGUAUGA